CUUAGUCCAACCCUAAUUAAGUGGCUAAAGAAAAACAGCCCUAAUUAAUUUUUUCCCCUAUUUAACUUCGAAUUGAAAUCUUCUUCAAUAUGAUUGCUCUUGGUCCAAAGUAAAGUUGACAGCCUUGAAAUAAAAUGAACUCGGGCUUACGAGGAGAGAUGGCCCAAUUCUUAAAAUCCUUGCUUUUCCUUACCUUUUUGUUCACAAAUUUCUUUAAAACAAGAAACGAACAUGGAGGGAUUCAGUCGGGGGGAAACAAAAAUGCUGAUUUAAGAGUUCGUUAAAAGACAGAAGAUGGCUGUUGCUGGCCAAGAACCACUGCCCACUUUCCGGUGGAAUGAAUGGCGAGAUGAGAUCAUACUUAGCAAAGGAAGGAACGUCUGACUUGGAAACAAUGCAAUCCCCAAUUGCAGUUGAGAAAGUUAAGAAACAGAGGGGCGGCUAUGCUCCCGAGAGAUUACGGUGGCUUUUGUAUUCAAAUGAGAUUGCAUUACAGCCCAUUUGCUCCAUUUUUUCUUCAUUGGAUCGAAUGGAUGGAUUUCAGUUGCACAGAUCCUCUUCCAAGUUUUUUGGGCCUUUUCCACAUACUCUUGUACAAGGUAUACGUCGAUGGAAAACCGUUGGUGUUGCCAAGAGAAAGAAAAGCCACCCUUAAGGAGUUUUAUGCUGUAAUAUACCCUUCACUUAGGCAACUUCAUAGUGGGCGUGUUGAAUCAAAAGGAGAGACUUCGUCUAGGAAGAUAACAGAAGACGAACAAAAUCUAUCUAAUGAAGAUCUUCAGAGGGAUGAAGAAUGUGGGAUAUGCAUGGAGAACUGCAGAGAUGUUGUCUUGCCAAAUUGUGGUCAUUCGAUGUGCCUCAGCUGCUUCCAGGAUUGGAGUGCGAGAUCGCGUUCCUGUCCGUUUUGUCGUAACUGUCUAAACAGGUUGAGCACCAGGGAUCUGUGGGUUCUUACAAGCGACGAAGAAAUCAUCGACUCAGAAACUCUGGCCAAGGAAAAUCUAUUACAUUUCUACCUUUAUACCGAAAACCUCCCACUGUUUCAACCAGACAUGAAUAUUUUUAUGCCAGAUUACAUGUUCUGAUCCAUCAGAAGAAAGAAUCAUGAUCCAAUGCUUUGGCAAGACUUGUAUAUAACUUCAGUUGAGGAAGCCCUUACGCAACAGGGGAGGAAAAUUCUGGCAAUAUACAAAUUGAAACAGUAGGAGAUGUCAAAACGAAGGCUUCUCGAGUUCGAGACUGUCAUCUAGAUCAUAUCCAAACUAUGCUGUAAGCUUGAUUCUCUGCUAAUAUCAUCUGUACAAAUUCACGAGAUUGCAAGAUAGAUAGAUAGAGAAAGAGAGAGUAUUUCUCUGUAUAAUUUCUGCUGCUAAUCCAAUGGUUUCCUUUUCUUCUUUCCCAGUGUUGUGUCUUUUAAAAUAAAUUGCAUUCAGUGACUAAGAUACAAAUUCAAACGAACAUGUUCUGUGAACCUUAUACCAUAUGAAUUAUUGAUAGAGCAUUGUCAUUUCAACAACGUAAUCAACUUCAAUUUGUUUUAGUAAAUAACUAAACAUAAAUACAGAUGGGGCCAUCUCAAUAAAAGUAGUUUAAGGAAAAGGUUGAGUAUCAAUAUAGUGGGAUAAUUGAUACCAUAACCACUGGUGGCUGGUGUUGAGUUCAGACAAUUACAAGACACUGAGACAUCCUUGUGGGAGCUUGUUCUCAAGGUGCACACUGAUCCUAUUCUGGGAUUGGAUAUUUUGUUGUUUUUAGCAUAAAAUUAACAGAUUAAUUCAAUGAAGAAGAUACUAACUUCUCGGUUCUGAAAGUUAUCUGUCCAAACAGCAACUUGGGUCUGAUUAAAUUGUUGUGAAAUAGUGAAAGUUUCCUGCUUUUAGGACAUCCAUUAAGGGUUUUGUUCAUGCAGAAGUAACGGCUCACCUACUUAACUAGGCUACAGGUAGAGAUAUGAGAAUCAUCUGAAAACAACUUACACUUGAAGAUUGGCAUUCUGGUUCAUCUCUCUAAAACUCUAUCAUUGCUUUCAUAUUGAGAUUGAUCCUCUGAAAGCAAGAACAUCACUCCUGAAGUAAAGUUUCAGCCACUGAUAUUCAAUUUAGACAAUAACAGAAGAAACCACCUGCCUUCACCAUAUUAAAAUCAGUUUUCUGCCUUAAUCUUCAACAUUCUGAUGAACCAAUGCUCUAGAAAAUACAAGGGGUUGCAGUUUUGCAGGUAACUAAAGGUAUCAUUCCAUCAAUAAUAACAAAUGUUUACAUCAAAGCUUUGUUGGAUAGAUUACAAAAGCCAGGAUGAAAUUGCAAGAACUUCAUCUUCAUUACUGUUUACAUCAGGUACUUUGAAACUGAAAGCAGCAAAAAAAAAAAAAAAAA